GGUGAGAGUGGCGCGGCGCUGGAGGGCUUCGCUGAGACGGCGAGCGGACGCGGUCGGCGCCGGGUUGGAGGCUAGCCGCCUGCAGCCAUGACCCUUGCAGUCUGCCCCUGGACCCCAGCCCAGACCAUCUAAUUCCUUACACAGUCACGCGCAGCUGCGGAGGAGCUUGCUGCUGCCGGUUCGUCGCCCUUGGCGCCUUAUCACACUCCUUUCCCCAGAGCUGGGAGCAGCGCGGGCAGCCGGUGCCCCCGUGCAAACUGGGGGUGUCUGCUGGAGCAGCCUCCGCCGCUGCCGCCCCCGGCCCUGGCCAUGGCCCGGCGGGGCGCUGGGUCGAGAGUCUCCGGGGAACCCGGGGGCGUCGUGCUCAGUCUGCGGCUGCUGUUGCCGCUGCUGCUACUUAUGGGGCCGGCGCGGGGCUUUGGGGACGAGGAGGAGCGGCGUUGCGACCCCAUCCGCAUCACCAUGUGCCAGAACCUCGGCUACAACGUGACCAAGAUGCCCAACCUGGUGGGGCAUGAGCUGCAGACCGACGCCGAACUGCAGCUGACAACAUUCACGCCGCUCAUCCAGUACGGCUGCUCUAGCCAGCUGCAGUUCUUCCUUUGUUCGGUUUAUGUGCCAAUGUGCACGGAGAAGAUCAACAUCCCCAUUGGCCCAUGUGGCGGCAUGUGUCUUUCAGUCAAGAGACGCUGUGAACCAGUCCUGAAGGAAUUUGGAUUUGCCUGGCCAGAGAGCCUGAACUGCAGCAAAUUCCCACCACAGAAUGACCACAAUCACAUGUGCAUGGAAGGGCCAGGUGACGAAGAAGUGCCGUUACCUCACAAAAUCCCCAUCCAGCCUGGGGAAGAAUGUCACUCUGUGGGAACCAAUUCUGAUCAGUACAUCUGGGUGAAAAGGAGUCUGAACUGUGUUCUCAAGUGUGGCUACGAUGCUGGCUUAUAUAGCCGCUCAGCCAAGGAGUUCACCGAUAUCUGGAUGGCUGUGUGGGCCAGCCUGUGUUUCAUCUCCACUGCCUUCACAGUCCUGACCUUUCUAAUUGAUUCUUCCCGGUUUUCCUAUCCUGAGCGCCCCAUCAUAUUUCUCAGUAUGUGCUAUAAUAUUUAUAGCAUUGCUUAUAUUGUGAGGCUGACUGUAGGCCGGGAAAGGAUAUCCUGCGAUUUUGAAGAGGCAGCAGAACCCGUUCUCAUCCAAGAAGGCCUUAAGAACACAGGAUGUGCAAUCAUUUUCUUGCUGAUGUACUUUUUCGGAAUGGCUAGCUCCAUCUGGUGGGUUAUCCUGACACUCACUUGGUUUUUGGCAGCCGGACUCAAAUGGGGUCAUGAAGCCAUUGAAAUGCACAGCUCUUAUUUUCACAUUGCAGCCUGGGCCAUCCCUGCAGUGAAAACCAUUGUCAUCUUGAUAAUGAGAUUGGUGGAUGCAGAUGAACUGACAGGUCUAUGCUAUGUUGGAAACCAAAACCUGGAUGCCCUCAUUGGCUUUGUGGUGGCUCCUCUCUUCACUUACUUGGUGAUUGGAACUUUAUUCAUCGCUGCAGGUUUGGUGGCCUUGUUCAAAAUUAGGUCAAAUCUUCAAAAGGAUGGGACCAAGACAGACAAGUUGGAAAGGCUGAUGGUCAAAAUUGGAGUCUUUUCAGUACUGUACACAGUUCCUGCAACCUGUGUGAUUGCCUGCUAUUUCUACGAAAUCUCUAACUGGGCAUUCUUCCGGUAUUCUGCAGAUGACUCCAAUAUGGCAGUUGAAAUGUUAAAAAUUUUUAUGUCUUUGCUGGUGGGCAUCACUUCAGGCAUGUGGAUUUGGUCAGCCAAAACUUUUCACACGUGGCAGAAAUGUACCAACAGAUUAGUAAACUCUGGGAAAGUAAAGAGACAGAAGAGAGGGAAUGGUUGGGUGAAGCCUGGGAAAGGCAGUGAAACUGUGGUGUAAGGAUGGCCAGCCUCCACACAGUCCUCAUUUUGAUAGGGGGAAGACUAGCAUUUCGGGGGGGUGGGGGUGGGAAAUGCUGCUCAAAAUCGUUUGCAAUAAAUCUCAGUUUGAACAACCAACGUUUAGGCGAGCCCCCUGCCUCCUCAGC